CGCCCCGGCCCCCGCCGCCGCCGCCGCCGCCCGAGGAGAACGGGAGGGCGGGCGAGAGAGCCGGGGAGCUGCGGAGCCCGCCUGCCCGCCGGCGGCUCGCCCCGCGGGGAGGGAGGCCACAGCCCGAGGUCUGCUCCAAGAAAAAACAUGGCUGCAAAGGAAAAACUAGAGGCAGUGUUAAAUGUGGCCCUGAGGGUGCCAAGCAUCAUGCUGUUGGAUGUCCUGUACAGAUGGGAUGUCAGCUCUUUCUUCCAGCAGAUCCAAAGAAGUAGCCUCAGUAACAACCCUCUUUUCCAGUAUAAGUAUUUGGCUCUUAAUAUGCAUUAUGUAGGUUAUAUAUUAAGUGUUGUGUUACUAACUUUGCCCAGGCAGCAUCUGGUUCAACUUUACCUGUAUUUUUUGACUGCCCUGCUCCUCUAUGCUGGACAUCAAAUCUCUAGGGACUAUGUCAGGAGUGAACUAGAGUCUGCCUAUGAAGGACCAAUGUACUUAGAACCUCUCUCCAUGAAUCGGUUUACCACAGCCUUAAUAGGUCAGUUGGUGGUGUGUACUUUAUGCUCCUGUGUCAUGAAAACGAAGCAGAUUUGGCUCUUUUCAGCUCACAUGCUUCCCCUGCUAGCACGACUCUGCCUUGUCCCUCUGGAGACAAUUGUUAUCAUCAACAAGUUUGCUAUGAUUUUUACUGGAUUGGAAGUUCUCUAUUUUCUUGGGUCUAAUCUUUUAGUACCUUAUAACCUUGCUAAGUCUGCAUACAGAGAAUUGGUUCAGGUAGUAGAGGUAUAUGGCCUUCUAGCCUUGGGAAUGUCUCUGUGGAAUCAGCUCGUAGUCCCUGUGCUUUUCAUGGUUUUCUGGCUCGUCUUAUUUGCUCUUCAGAUUUACUCCUAUUUCAGUACUCGAGAUCAGCCUGCAUCACGUGAGAGGCUUCUUUUCCUUUUCCUGACAAGUAUUGCUGAAUGCUGCAGCACUCCUUACUCACUCUUGGGUUUGGUCUUCACGGUUUCCUUUGUUGCCUUGGGUGUUUUGACACUCUGCAAAUUUUACUUGCAAGGUUAUCGCGCUUUCAUGAAUGAUCCUGCCAUGAAUCGGGGCAUGACAGAAGGAGUUACGCUGUUAAUCCUGGCAGUGCAGACUGGUCUGAUAGAACUACAGGUUGUUCACCGGGCAUUCCUGCUUAGUAUUAUCCUUUUCAUUGUUGUAGCUUCUAUUCUACAGUCUAUGUUAGAGAUUGCAGAUCCUAUUGUUUUGGCGCUGGGAGCAUCUAGAGACAAGAGUUUAUGGAAGCACUUCCGUGCUGUGAGCCUUUGCUUAUUUUUGCUAGUGUUCCCUGCUUAUAUGGCUUAUAUGAUUUGCCAGUUUUUCCACAUGGACUUUUGGCUGCUUAUCAUUAUUUCUAGCAGCAUUCUCACCUCUCUUCAGGUUUUGGGAACACUUUUUAUUUAUGUCUUAUUUAUGGUUGAAGAAUUCAGAAAAGAGCCAGUGGAAAACAUGGAUGAUGUCAUCUACUAUGUGAAUGGCACUUACCGCCUUUUGGAGUUUCUUGUGGCUCUCUGUGUGGUGGCCUAUGGUGUCUCAGAGACCAUCUUUGGAGAAUGGACUGUAAUGGGCUCAAUGAUCAUCUUCAUCCAUUCCUAUUAUAAUGUGUGGCUUCGGGCGCAGCUGGGGUGGAAGAGCUUCCUUCUCCGCAGGGAUGCUGUGAACAAGAUUAAAUCAUUACCCAUUGCUACAAAAGAGCAGCUGGAGAAACACAAUGAUAUUUGUGCCAUCUGUUAUCAGGACAUGAAAUCUGCUGUGAUCACACCUUGCAGUCAUUUCUUCCAUGCAGGCUGUCUAAAGAAGUGGCUGUAUGUCCAGGAGACCUGCCCUCUGUGUCACUGCCAUCUCAAACACUCCUCACAGCUUCCAGGGUUAGGAACUGAGCUGGCUCCACAGCCUCAUGCUGGAGUUGAGCAAAACAUCAUGCUUCAGGAUGGAACUGAACCUCCAAAUCAAGAGCAUCCUCCAGGGACCAGGAUGCAGGAAGGUUCUAAGGACAAUAAUGAGUGCAUUGCCACUAGAUCAGAUAGCCAGGAAGGGACUCGUGAUCCUAAGGAAUAUCCUUUUAGUGCAAAAGAUGAAGCAUGUCCUGUCGAGGUCAGCCUAGAAGAAGAGAAGCAGAAGUAACACUUUGAUACUCUGGAGAAGUUAACUUACUAUGAAAUUUGAGCUCAGAUUUGAGGAAUGAAUGUAUGAGAUGAUGAGGCAGGAAACUUGACAUUCCAAGGAUCUGAUCCAGGAAGUACUCUCAGUGGAGACUGCUUGCUUUCAUCCCCAUGACAUUGUGGGAAAAAUUUUGCAAUGUAUGCUAAUCGAAAUGUAUUUAUAUAUCCUAUGCUGAUAUUUUGUAGAGGUUUGCCAAGAAAAUUCAACCUCAACAACUUCAGAAACUGCCCCUAAUUUGUAAGGGAUAAAUAAAAUCGGAUUUGAGUGUU